AUGGACAAGGUUUAUCUGAACAGCUUCGUCAACAUAGCAGCGAGCGUGGGCUCCGGAAAGGAGGGUCUUUUCUUUGAAAGAGACAUUGCUUGGUCGGAGAGACUACAGCUGGACCUGAAAAUCGAUCGGGGCGACGGCAAAACCACUAGCGGCAGCUUCCUCCAUGUCCCCUACCACAACUGGGAGCGCAUUGAUAUGUCGCCUCUUUCGCAAAGAGGCUGGGUUCUGCAGGAGCAGCUAUUGUCUCCUCGCAUUUUGCAUUUCGACCGGAGGGAGGUCUUCUGGGAAUGCUGCCAGGCGGUCGCCAGCGAGAAUCUUCCACGCGGAUGGCCGAACAUCGACGCUGACAAAAUGGGCAAGGUUGCCAUGGUAGUCGCGAGGAAGCGGCUAAAUCCCUUGAACGACAAUCUAUGGGCCUAUGCCAACGACAAUGACGCCCCGGUCACAGGUUUCGCAGGCGAAGGCCUCCACUACAUACUGUGGUUCGGCCUCGUGCUAAAGUACAGUGCCUGCCAGCUGUCGUACGAGAGCGACCGACUUGUUGCCAUAUCUGGCGUGGCGAGAUACUUGAAGACUAUCAACAAGGAUCAGUAUGUGGCCGGCCUGUGGCGCAGGCAUCUGGAGAAGGAGUUAGCCUGGUCGACCACUCGUCCUCUGCCUGCUGACACGUCUUACCCGUAUUAUGCGCCGUCAUUUUCCUGGACGUCAGUCAAUGGGCUCAUCGAACCCGCGACCCAUCUCACCAGCGGAAAGCCCCUGGUACAAGUCCAACCCGUUCACAUGCCUUCAGCCAGCAAUUCAGCCACCGGACCUGCGCAGCGGGACCAACCAUUUCAACAAGACGUCUUCGGCCCCGUCUCAGGGCCGACGGUGCAGAUCAAAUUCCCGCAGCCCGCCGCCGCCCAAUACUAUCACCUCUAUGGUUGA